CGGCCGUCCGCCCGUCCGGUUCUUCCCCCCCCUCCCCCCGCUCUCCGUCUCGGACUAUCGGCCUUCCUUUCCGGCAGCGGCGACGACAGGGCGAGUUGCGCCCGCCAGUUCUUCGUCGGGCGACGGGCGCUUCGCCGGCGACGAGCAUCCGACAGGGAUCUAUUGCUAUUUCUCUGGUGAUGCCUGCAAUUCGGAUCAAAACUGAAGGAUAGGAGGAAUAUAUAUAUAUAUAUCUAUGAGUUGAGGUUGAGGGAACUUGUUUUCAUAGAAUUUGGAUGAUUGGAUUACUUAAUUAUGUUUGAAUCUCAUUAAGCAAUAUUCUGCAACAGAUAGAUGACUCCAAAAUGGAGCGAAUGCUCUUCAAAUAGCUACAGAGAACUAUCUUCACAUGAAAAUGGAGAGUGCAAAUCAACCUUAACAGAAAAAGUCCCUUUGCCCAAAAGCUGUUUUGAUUUACCAACUGCCAACACAAUGUGCUCCCUAUCUGCACAGAAGAAGGAUGGCAAUGUUUAUAAAAGGCGGAAGAUGGACAAGGAUUCAAAUUCUCUUACAACAUAUGAAGAGGCUAAAGAAACGAUGACUCAAAAUUGUGCAACGUCUGAUGACCACUCGUCAUUAGUGCUACCGGUUGUCUCCUCAGAAGCAAUGCCUUUCAAUUCAACAGCCAACACGACAGGUCCUAUCCUAGAUUGUGAAGAGGCUACCGAGGUUUCAUUGGAGCCAAAUUCUGCUACGAAUGGUAGAAGCUUGGUUUCAAGUAUGUCACCAUCUUCCAUGGUUCUAGACAAAAAGGAUGCUGCUGAAUGUUCGUCCUCAAAUAUCAGCCCUACAGAACCAAUUACUGAGCAUAUGUCACCAAGGGAUCUUUGCAUUGCCAUACUGAAAAAAGAUGGACUUAUAACUGAAUCAAGAGCAAGAAUAAAAGAUGAUUUCACUGAUAGUGAUGCCAACCCAAUGUUGGCAUGCAAUACUUGUGGCUGCUUGGAGCAUUCAUUAAAGAUGCUAAUAUGUGAUUCUUGUGAAGCAGCAUUUCAUCUGUCUUGUUGCGCCCCUCCUAUUAAGGAACUACCAACUGAUGAAUGGUACUGUGCGCCAUGCUUGUGUAAGAAACCUAAGAGUGUUUACGGCAAACUCUCGGAGGGCAAGGUCCUGCCUUCCAGGAAUACUAACCAAAGGCCUCAUGGCAUGAGUCAUAUAGAUUACAUGCUGAAGGAUGCUGAACCAUAUGUUACUGGGGUUCGAAUUGGUAGAGAUUUUCAAGCAGAAGUACCAGAAUGGUCUGGUUCAACUUCGAGCAGUGAUGGUUAUUUUGAUGAGCCCUCUGAAUUUGACCCCGCUGAACUAACCAAUUUUAAUUUGUGCAAAACGAGUAAUCAAAGCCAAUCUUCCAUUGGUAAUUGGAUACAAUGCCGUGAGACUUUGAACCCAGGAGACUCCGACAAGCAAGUUGUCUGUGGCAAAUGGAGAAGGGCACCCCUAUAUGUUGUACAGACAGAUGAUUGGGAAUGUUUUUGUUGUCUUCUUUGGGAUCCAGCACAUGCUGAUUGUGCUGUUCCGCAGGAAUUGAAGACCAGUGAAGUUCAGAAGCAGCUGAGGUUUGUAAACAUGGUGAAGAAACAGCUGGUGGACCAAAACCAAAAUCCCGCUUAAAUUCCAGUAUCAUAGCGGGGCGGUUCCUUAUUGUAUGAAUUACUGUAUGUGGGGGUUAUCAUGUUACUAGCCAUCGGUAGUCAAUAGAACAUAUGGGAAUUUUGCUGUUGUAGCCUGCUCAACUAAUCUGACUGUGUACACCGUUCUGGCGUUCCCCUCUGUACUGCCCUCUAUAGGUUUGUGGUACAAAAAGAGUUGUACAACAUAGGUCUGUCCAGUUUUGGAAGCAGCGUGUUGAUACUGUUGUAGUCGCUGCUAAAUGUUUCUGUAAUCCUGCCCCAAGUUUUGGUCCAUGUAACUUUUGGAUGAGGUUUGAUCAAGGGGGAAAAGUGGAAAGCCAACUAGCAUCAGGUAUUGUGUGCGCCA